UUCAGCUCGCCGCCUCUAGCACCCGGGAGCAGAUGGAGCUCCAACAAGUAGAGAGGAUCCGCUUAAGGUUAGAGGAGGAACUUAGACAGGCUACUAAAAGAGAGAAAGAGAUCAAAGAAAGAAGUGUCAGAUUAGAGGGCAGGGAGGCAGACAUGGCUGCGCUAGAGGCAUUAGAGGACUCUGCACUUAACACUACAGGAAAGAUCCUGAAGGCAAGUGUCCUAUCCAUGCAUGCGUACAUAGACAGUAAAAUGGACGCAAUGCAGGAUACUCUAGACCAGAUUCUGCAAGCGCUGCAUAAGCCAGGGAUCUGGCCAGCAGCUUUACCAUCACUGCCACUCUCAGCGAUGACAGGCCUCUAUGCAGCUCAAUCAGGACCACCACCAAGUGUAUCAUCAACAGUAGCUCUAUCUCAAACUGUUGCUUCUUCAUCUUCUGGUCCAGCGACUGUUGCUACACCACAGUCGCCACCUGUCUCACAACAGGGACAACAAUAUCCUUGGCACCCCAAGACCCCACUGAACCCACCUGCAACCUUCUCAGGAGAUAAGAAGGAUGAGGCUCUCGACACAUGGUUGAGAACGGUGCCAGUGUGGGUAAGGGCAAAGAGGACAUUGGUAGAAGAGGAGGUGAUUACUGUUGCAUCCUACUUAGAGGGUUCAACAGCCCGUUGGCUAAACGAAUUGGUAGCUUCAAAGGGCUUCGGCAGGAACAUGCAUGAUUGGGCGCAGACCCACACAUUAGAAAGCUUUAUGGACUUAGUGGAGGCUUGUUGGCACAACCCUCAGCAGGCACAAAUUGCCACUGAUGGGUUCUUGAAAUUUGAUACUAGAAAGUACAAGUCUGUGCGGGAACUCACCACAGUCGUAGAGCGCCUGAUCGUCGUCCCGGGAGUGGAGUACAAUCCACAGGUCUUGCUGACCAUGUUCCUGAGAUGUCUUCCCACAGACAUUAGGAAUUUAUUAGCCAGCGAGGCUCGCAGAGAGUAUUACACUUUUGAGUCAUUCAGCAAGAAGGUCCUAGACUUAGAGGCUACGCUGGGUGGAACUAAAACCCCUUCUACGGAUGGGAGAAAGAAGAAGACUGCACAAGAGUACGGUCUGUACGAGUUUGUGGUGAUGCCCUUUGGCCUUUGCAAUGCGCCGGGUACAUUCCAACACGCCAUGAAUAGGAUCUUUCAUGACUACUUGGAUAAGUUUCUUAUCGUGUACCUCGACAACAUACUUAUCUUCAGUAGAUCUGUCGAGGAGCAUGCUCAGCAUGUAGACACAGUACUUUCACUCCUUCGGCAACACAAGUUUAAGACAAACUCAGAGAAAUGCGAGUUUGGUCGCACUCAAAUCUUGUACUUGGGUCAUGAAGUAUCCGCGGAUGGGAUUAGGCCCGAAGAUGCUAAGGCGGCUAGCAUACGUGACUGGCCACGACCCCAGUCUGUGACUGAGGUCAGAUCAUUCUUGGGAAUGUGUGGUUAUUACUGCAAUUUCGCAAGGAAUUAUAGCACGAUCACAUCUCCCUUGACUGAUCUAACUCGACUUGACACACCAUGGGACUGGACCGACGAGUGUGAGGCAGCAUUCAAAUGUUUGAAGCAUGCUCUCACACACCAUGAGGUUCUUAUGGUACCCGACCCGCAAAGGCCAUUCGUUGUAACCAUUGACGCAAGCCAAUAUGGGAUUGGCGCAGUGCUGGCUCAGCAGGAAGGGAAGAAGUUGAGACCGAUCGAGUACAUGAGCAAAAAGAUGCCUUCAAAGAAGUUGGCAAAGUCCACCUACAAGAGGGAACUCUACGCUCUUUACAAGGCACUUGUUCACUGGAGGCACUACCUGUUAGGAAGGUUCUUCUACUUGAGAACUGACCAUCUGACACUCAAGUGGAUCAAGACUCAACCAGUUCUCUCCGAUGCACUCAAACGCUGGAUUGAAGUCGUAGAUCAAUAUGAUUUCAAACUAUACUAUUUGAAGGGAGAGUACAACAAGGUUGCAAAUGCGUUGUCUAGGAGGGCAGUUUACCUAGGUGCGCUGAUUUCUGAGUUUGUUUUGUCGAAGGAUGUGACUCGAUCGUUUGAUGAAGCCUACAGGGAAGAUCCCAUCAUGAUGGACAUCAUCAACAAACUACAAGCUAAAGACAAGGCCACCACUGAUGAGUUUGUGAUGGUGGAUGGGUUGCUCUUUCUUGAGAAGGCAGGGUUCAAGAGGUUAGUUGUUCCAUCUAGGGAAACUUUGCGUAGUUUGUUUUUAGGUGAGUGCCACGACGCAACAGGACAUUUCGGUUAUAAGAAGACUAGUGCUAAUCUAGUACAGCGAUUCUGGUGGCCUAACAUGCUUGACGAUGUGAAGAAGUACGUGGAGACCUGUCAGGUUUGUCAGGGGGACAAACCGCGAACUCAAGCUCCGCUUGGGUUACUCAAGCCUUUACCCAUUCCUGCUGGCCCAGGUCAGAGUAUCUCCAUGGACUUCAUGGAUACUCUUGUGACCAGCAAAAAUGGCAAGAGGCACAUUUUUUUUACUAAGUACGCUAGACUAAUCGCUAUGCCAGAGACUGCCAGGACUGAGCACGUCAUCAAGUUGUUCAUGGACAACUGGGUGCGUGACUUUGGACUUCCAAAGACAAUCGUUAGUGACAGAGAUGUGAGAUUCACAAGCGAGAUGUGGAAGAAGGCCGCUGAACAGAUGGGAAACCAACUUCAAAUGACUUCCGGGAAUCAUCCCGAAGCAAAUGGGCAGGCUGAACAAAUGAUCCGAGUGGUGCAGCAUCUGCUGAGGCAUUACAUCAAGCCCAACCAGGAUGAUUGGGAUGAGAAAUUACCUCUCAUCGCCAGCCUGUACAACAAUGUUGUACACAGCACCACCGACGUCAGUCCUAAUCAACUACAUCUCGGGUGGAAGCCUAGAUCUGCUCUAGACUUCCUCCUGCCUAAAAACCGAACUGCUGCAACUCCUGGAACCAUUCAAUUUGGUGUCCAGUAUGACGAACACAUCAAGAAAUCUCAGGAAGCCAUGAUUGUUUCUGAGAACAAGCGUCGCCGACAGUCCACAUUUCAGGUAGGGGAAUGUGUCUGGGUCAAGGCUAGUGAGUUGGGACAGGAGUUUGGCAUCUCUAGGAAACUAAUGCCUCAGUAUUUCGGUCCCUGGGAAGUCCUAGACAUUGUGGGGAAUGAUUUGGAUGGUCCCUCGUACGUCAUUCGUGUCCCUGGUCACUUACGCACUUACCCUGUUUUCCACGCGUCCAAGCUUGCACCUUUCGCUGAGACAACACAGUUCCCAUCACGAAGAUCUAUGCUGCCCCCAACCAUGGAUGGGCACGUGGACGUCGACGACAUUCUGGAUCACAGAGACACGCAUGUUCCCAAGCCACCUGGCAGGAGAAGACCUCCCAAAUCAGCCAGGGAAUACAUAGUACAUUUCAAGCAUCAUACAGAUCUUCCGAAGGAAGAUCGAUGGAUUUCAAGGUAGGAACUUGUCAAGACAGCUCUUGAGA